GGCCUUCAAGGAAGGCGAGCAGAAGGAGAAGGAAGGGAUGCAGCGCCUCCGCCACGCCAACUCUCAGAAACCCGCCCCCCCAGCCCCGGGCCCCCCGUCCUGCGUCUGCGGGCAGCCCGCCGGGCCCUCCAUGCUGCAGUGCCAGCUGUGCCGAGAUUGGUUCCACGGCUCCUGUGUGGCCUGGCCUCGUUUGGCCAACCAGAAACCCUCCCCGGCCUGGUGGGAAUGGGAAGCCAAAUUCCUGUGCCCUCUGUGCCAGCGCUCGCGUCGCCCUCGUUUGGAAACCAUCCUGGCCCUCCUGGUGGCUCUGCAGAAGCUGCCGGUGCGUUUGCCCGAGGGAGAGGCCCUGCAGUGUCUGACCGAGAGAGCCAUCACCUGGCAGGACCGCGCGAGGGCGCUGCUGGCCUCCCCCGAGGUGGCUGCAGCCAUGGAAAGGUUGGCGGCCAUCCGGCAGAGGCUGCACGGCGACGGCGGCACCGCGCUGCGGGAGGCACGGGGCAACGAGCAGACCAAGGUCUCUGUGGAGAACGGUGACGCCCCCAGCCCAGAGAAGAACGGCCCCCUGCCUUCAGAGCUGGAGGCGCUGAGCUCAGCGCUGCCGCGGCUUCACGGCCCGGUGCUGGAGCUGCCGGAAGGCGCGCGGCGGCCGCUGGAGGAGCUGAUGAUGGAAGGGGACCUCCUGGAGGUGACGCUGGAUGAGGCCACCAGCAUCUGGCGCCUGCUGCAGGCCGCCCGCCCGCCCCCCCUUGGCCUCUUCCGCCUCCUCCUCGAG